GGCAGCGGAGGAGGAGGCGGCGGCGGCGGCGGCGGCGGCGACGCGCGCUGGGUACCGGGCCGGGGGAGCCGCGGGCUCACGGGAACGGACGGAUGAUGAACAAGCUCUACAUCGGGAACCUGAGCCCCGCCGUCACCGCCGACGACCUCCGGCAGCUCUUCGGGGACAGGAAGCUGCCCCUGGCGGGACAGGUCCUGAUCAAGUCCGGCUACGCCUUCGUGGACUACCCCGACCAGAACUGGGCCAUCCGCGCUAUCGAGACCCUCUCGGGUAAAGUGGAAUUGCAUGGGAAAAUCAUGGAAGUUGAUUACUCGGUCUCUAAAAAGCUCAGGAGCAGAAAAAUUCAGAUCCGAAACAUUCCCCCUCACCUGCAGUGGGAGGUGUUGGAUGGACUCUUGGCUCAGUAUGGGACAGUGGAGAACGUGGAGCAAGUCAACACAGAUACAGAAACUGCCGUGGUCAAUGUCACAUAUGCAACCAGAGAAGAAGCAAAAAUAGCCAUCGAGAAGCUGAGCGGGCAUCAGUUUGAGAACUACUCCUUCAAGAUCUCCUACAUCCCGGACGAAGAGGUGAGCUCCCCCUCACCCCCUCAGCGAGCCCAGCGUGGGGACCACAGCUCCCGGGAACAAGGCCACGCCCCUGGGGGCUCUCCUCAGGCCCGGCAGAUUGAUUUCCCGCUGCGGAUCCUGGUCCCCACCCAGUUUGUUGGUGCCAUCAUCGGAAAGGAGGGCUUGACCAUAAAGAACAUCACUAAGCAGACCCAGUCCCGGGUGGACAUCCACAGGAAAGAGAAUUCCGGGGCUGCAGAGAAGCCGGUCACCAUCCAUGCCAGCCCAGAGGGGACUUCUGAAGCCUGCAGGAUGAUCCUUGAGAUCAUGCAGAAGGAGGCCGAUGAGACCAAACUAGUUGAAGAGAUUCCUCUGAAAAUCUUGGCCCACAAUGGCCUGGUCGGAAGACUGAUUGGAAAAGAAGGCAGAAAUUUGAAGAAAAUUGAACAUGAGACAGGGACUAAGAUAACAAUCUCAUCCUUGCAGGACCUGAGCAUAUACAAUCCUGAGCGCACCAUCACUGUGAAGGGUUCCGUCGAGGCGUGUGCCAGCGCCGAGAUAGAGAUCAUGAAGAAGCUGCGUGAAGCCUUUGAGAACGACGUGCUGGCCGUGAACCAACAAGCCAAUCUGAUCCCAGGGCUGAACCUCAGUGCACUCGGCAUCUUCUCAACGGGACUCUCGGUGCUACCCCCGCCCUCGGGGCCCCGAGGGGUUGCCCCUGCGCCCCACUACCACCCUUUCACGCAGACACAUUCCGGCUACUUCUCCAGCUUGUACCCCCCGCACCAGUUCGGCCCCUUCCCGUAUCAUCACUCCUUCCCAGAGCAGGAGAUCGUGAACCUCUUCAUCCCCACCCAGGCCGUGGGCGCCAUCAUCGGGAGGAAGGGCGCACACAUCAAGCAGCUGGCGCGAUUCGCGGGCGCCUCCAUCAAGAUCGCCCCCGCCGAAGGCCCAGAUGUCAGCGAAAGGAUGGUCAUCAUCACCGGACCCCCCGAGGCCCAGUUCAAGGCGCAGGGGCGGAUCUUUGGGAAGCUGAAGGAAGAAAAUUUCUUCAGCCCUAAAGAAGAGGUGAAGCUGGAAGCCCACAUCCGCGUGCCCUCGUCCACCGCGGGCCGUGUCAUCGGCAAGGGCGGCAAGACCGUGAACGAGCUGCAGAACCUGACCAGCGCCGAAGUCAUCGUGCCCCGAGACCAGACGCCCGAUGAGAACGAGGAGGUGAUCGUCCGGAUCAUCGGGCACUUCUUUGCGAGCCAGACCGCCCAGCGCAAGAUCAGGGAAAUCGUCCAGCUGGUGAAGCAGCAGGAGCAGAAAUACCCUCAGGGAGUGGCCCCGCCGCGCAGCAAGCAAAGCAGUGCUCUGAGUAUCACAUCACACAAAAGGAACAAAAGCGAAACACACAAACCAGCCUCAGCUUUUACACUCGGUUACUCAAAAGAACAAGAGUCAAUGGUACUUGUCCUAGCAUUUUGGAAGAGGAGAACAAACCCAUCAGACCCACCCACCCAACCAAGAAAAAUUCCACCAAGAAAGAAUGUAUUUUGUCUUUUGUACAUUUUUGGUGUCUAAGCCAUCGGUAGUCAGCGAAAUGAUUUCUUUCUUUAAAAAAAAAAAAAGUGUGGAGGAAAACAGCAAUUUAUACGAGGUCGUUUGAUGACCCAGGGCGUUAAAUUUACAGAUUUUUUUUAACGAGAAAAACACACCAAAAAAAGCUACCUCAGGUGUUUUUUACCUCAGCACCUUGCUCUUGUGUUUCCUUAGAGAUUUUGUAAAACUGAUAGUUGGAGCAUUUUUUUAUUUUUUUAAUAAAAAUGAGUUGGAAAAAAAAAAUAAUCUCCACUGCCGGCCUGGAGCAGGUGGCAGCGUGCGUGCGAGUGCUCCGAAUCGUCUUCCGCUAGCCAAGAACCUGGACGGCCUUCUUUUGGACAAACCUUGAAAACGUUGUAUUAAGAAUAAAGAUGAGAAAGCAAAAGAGAGAGAAGGUUGGAGGCGUCCCAAGGGGCGCUACGGGAUGACCAUGACCAUGAACGGUUCAUGUGAAGAAGCCAUCACACCAGACUGCAAUGCCAGUUUCCUCUACUGUAAACAGUGUUCUGUGACAAAAACAAAAACAAAAA